AUGCCAUCGGACAAAGUCGACCUUCUCAUUUUGGGCGCCGGUUGGACCUCGAUGUUUCUCAUCCCACUAUGCAGUGAGCGACAAAUCUCGUCCGCAGCGACUACCCGGGAUGGUUGCGAAGGCACUAUACCAUUCAUAUUCGAUCCCGACUGGGGAUCGGAGAGAUUAGUCAGGAACUAUCAGAAGACGCAUGAUGAGACGAGAACGGGGUUCAUUCAACUGGGGUCGACAGGGAUAUGGGACAAAGGACCUACUCUGAAGUCCGAUACACAAGUACAUACUGCAGAAACUCAAUUGAAAACUGUCUGGCAUGACAGGCACUCUCCAUUCGACUGCUCCAACCCUCGUGCACAGGCCGAGACAGAGCUGCUAACCCUUUCGCCCGAUACGCCAACGACAGUCCUCAACCUGUGCGGUCUUUGGGGCGGGCGCAGACACCCGCGGAACUGGGUGAACCGUGUUGCCCCUACGAAGGAAGCCCUCAAGGCUAAGGGCAGCAUCCACCUGAUCCACGGCCUCGACGUCGCCCGGGCAAUCUUGGCAGUCCACUCCCAGUUUUCCAAGGCCGCAGGCGAGCGCUGGCUCCUCACCGACGAGCGCGUGUACGACUGGUGGGACCUCGCGUCCGCAUGGGGGUCCGGCGGCCUCUCCGAAAAGGGGGAGUCCCGGAGCGGGCCGCAGCCUGGAUGGGUGCAGGAGCUGAUGGAGGAAGACGGUAUCAAGGCGUUGCCGAGGAGCCCUGAGCAGAUCGGGCGGGCGCUGGAUGGGAGGGAGUUUUGGAGGACGUUCGGGCUGUCCCCGGUGAAAGCGAGGCUAGAAGAUUGAGUCGUGGUCUUUGGAGUAAGUCUGUCUCGGGUAUCUGGUACUUAAGCUUGUGUGUAGCACCGGGAUAUUGCAGCUUCUUGUGGGCCGCG